UAUUGGAUAUUGGACUGAGGUCGCUCGCUCUAUGAAGUGUUGCGUUACCAAUAUCUUCAUGUUUUCCAAAUUAUAAUGUUUGCAGCAUUGGUUGCUGGAAGACCAGUACAAACCAAUUUUAAUUUGGUAUCGGAGUCACAGUUUCUACUGGACGUACCACCCUUGAAUGAUGUCAAUCAUAUUGUCGUGUUUCUAACGGGGCAAACUGCCUUUCCACCAAAUAUGGGUGGUGGGGUCUAUCUUGGGAUUCAGCAAAACGGGGUUCCAAACUGGUACUUUCUUGGUAUUCUAACGAAUGAGAAGCCUAGUGCGAUAUACAAAGUUGGGAAACUUACAAAAAAUGCACAACUUCAAAAUGGGAUUCAUCCAUUUGGCGUCAAUGCAUCGUUUCAAUGUUCCAAUGGUAUUGUACCUGCUCAAAUUGGAAUUUCUGUUGAUCUGUUAACAAAUCUUCCACAACAAACAGAAGAAACUGUUCAAUCAACAAUUUCAGAGGAUAGUAUGACUCAAUUUACACGAUUUGCAGCAGAAAGUUUAUUUAAUUAUGUAACUAGUUUUGCACGAGAUGAUAAUUCAUCAACCUCAGAUCCACUUGUACCAAUAUCAGCUAUAAAAAAAUGGUUUGAUACAAUGUUACAGAAACUUUCACUUGAUGCAACAUUUUGGAGAAAGUAACACAAACAACAUGCCAGUAAACACUGCUUUGAAUUGUUUUUCUUUUUUGAACAAUAAUCCUAUUUUAUGCAAUUUUUGUUCCAAUUAACUUAUUCCAUCUCAUAACAAAAUGUAUUUUAAGGAACAUGCACUGUAAGUAAGCUGAAAAAUGAGACUCUGUUACUUUUGUUAUAUCAUAAUUUAACUGGUAAACUGUUAUAAUGCUG